UUAAAAAAGAAAACCUUUCUUUCGUCUCUAUUAAACUUUCACCAAAUCAAGUUUUGAAAGCAUCCACAACUACUUUGAAAGAUAAAGAACGUAAUAAAUUCACAUUUUAGACACCGUUACCAACUUAUUAUUUUCUCGAGACAAUCUUGAAUCCUAUCUAUGGCUUCGUCAUCAACCCGUUUUCAGUUUAUGUUUAUGGCCGUAUUCAUCAUUUUGGCUGCUUGGGCUUCUCAAGCUAUGUCAAGUAGAACAGUACUACUCCAUGAGCCAACCAUGGUUGAUAGACACCAACGAUGGAUGACUCAAUAUGGGAAAGUCUAUAAGAACCAAGCUGAAAAGGAGAAACGCUUUAAUAUAUUCGAGGCCAAUGUUGAACAUAUCGAGUCCAGUAAUGCUGGAAACAAACCAUACAAAUUAAGUGUCAAUGAGUUUGCAGAUCAAACCAUUGAAGAAUUUAAAUCUUCUCGUAAUGGAUACAAGAAGUCAUGGAGAAGAAGUUCACAGGAAUCAACAGCAUUCAAGUACGAAAAUGUUACUGCAGUACCAUCCACCAUGGAUUGGAGAAAGAAAGGAGCUGUAACACCAGUUAAGGACCAAGGACAGUGUGGAUGCUGUUGGGCAUUCUCUGCAGUGGCAGCCAUGGAAGGUAUAACACAACUGACAACUGGUAAGCUAACCUCUUUAUCUGAACAAGAGUUAGUAGACUGUGAUACUAAAGGUGAAGAUCAAGGCUGCGAGGGUGGUCUAAUGGAUGACGCCUUUGAAUUCAUCCAAGAAAACCAAGGUCUCACCACAGAAGCUAACUACCCGUACAACGGAGUCGAUGGAAGCUGCAACACUAAGAAGGCGGACACCCAUGCAGCCUCAAUCAAUGGUUAUGAAGAUGUGCCAGCUAACAACGAGGCAUCUCUACUGAAGGCCGUUUCAAAGCAACCUGUUUCAGUUGCCAUUGAUGCCAGUGGCCAGGACUUUCAGUUUUACUCCAGCGGGGUAUUCACAGGAACUUGUGGGACCGAAUUAGACCAUGGUGUUACUGCAGUAGGGUACGGGACUGAUAGUGAUGGAACUAAGUAUUGGCUCGUAAAGAAUUCAUGGGGAACUUCAUGGGGUGAGAACGGAUACAUAAGGAUGCAAAGAGAUGUUGAUGCUAAUCAAGGUUUAUGUGGUAUUGCCAUGGAAGCCUCCUACCCAACUGCAUAAGUAAUUAAGAAGAAAUGUAACUGUAGAUGGAUAUUUCCCCUUGAUAUAUCUAUGUUUAUCCUUCUGUUAUACUAAAUAAAUA